CUCAUCCAAAUGAAAAGAAAUUGAUACAUUUAAACGAAGGAAUCGAGUUGUUGGUGUAUUUAUAGAAAGAAAGGGAAAUAAUUGAAUUUGCCCUGGGAGCGAGACAGAUAGUAUAGGGUAAAAGUUGGUUACAGACUCACAUGUGGAAGGAAAGAAAGGGGGUUACAAUUUUGAUUUUGAAUUUUCAAUCACAAUACAAAUUGCAAUUAUAAUUAAUAGCUCUGUGUUGCAACUACUGUUUCAAGUACCGAUUUGCUCCCCAAAUUUGGCAAUUGCUCGCUACUCGGCAGCAAAGAACACAAAAAGAGCUUAGUUGUUUGAAAGAAAACCUCAUCGAUGAUAAUGAUGCAUUUCUUUUUCAUUUCAUCCGAUUGAUUAAUUAAUCUUGAAAACAUAUACUCACUAAAUAUUUAUGAUGCUUUGUGGUUCAUUCUGUUUGAAUUUGAGAGAUCGAAUACAGCCAUGGUUACGCGAUUACGAUGCCCUUCAGUCAUUCGCUGUCAUCCUCAUUUAUAUUCAGAUUGGGUGCGGUUUAAUUGGAUCGCUGGGAGCAUCUUACAAUGGUGUUUCGCUGAUAAAUCUUGCAAUCGCGUUGUUCGCUUUGGUUGCAAUUGAGAGUAGCAGUCAGAGCCUUGGCCGUACAUAUGCUUUCCUUCUAUUUUGCUCUAUAUUGCUUGAUGUCUCUUGGUUCAUUCUCUUCACUCACGAAAUUUGGAAUAUUUCUUCCCAGGAUUAUGCAACAUUUUUCAUAUUUUCUGUGAAACUUACCCUGGGUACGCAAAUUGUUGGUUUUAUAGUGAGGCUAUCAUCCUCAUUGUUAUGGAUUCAAAUUUAUAGGCUGGGUGCUGCCUAUGUGGACACAGCUUCUCGAGCAGCAGACUUUGACUUGCGGAGUAGUUUUUUGAGUCCUGUGACACCUGCAGUGGUGAGGCAAACCUCUGAUUCCAAUGAGAUACUUGGAGGCUCUAUCUACGAUCCAGCAUACUACUCAUCCCUGUUUGAAGAUAGUCAAGAAAACAAAUCUACAUGCGGGAUGCCCAAUCAUGACAUUGCCCAGAAUGGGUCCACAUCAGCCACUGAAGUUUCUCAGAAGACAUUCGUGGAGACAUCUUUCCAGGCUGUGGAUAUAGGAAGAGAAUGUAUAAAUCAAGAAGGAACUUGUUUAAAAUAGAGACCGAAAUGCAUUGUUCUUACUCCUGUAUUCGUACGAGUUUCAUUUUCAUUAUGCAGCCAGCCUGUAUCGGAGUUGGUCUUGUACCAUAUGCAUCUGCUGGCAACUUUCUCAUUGUAAAUGUUGGCGAAAAGGAUAGGCCACGUGACUGGUGCCUUAUAUGACAAAAAUGAUAUCCAAGGUUUUCCCUUGAAGCAGUACCUGAAUAUGUCUGUGAAAUUGAGCUAAGGAAGCCAUUCUAGUUACAUAGACUUGAGUUUUGCAUUUUUGACAGAUCUGCAUGUAGUUGGAAAAUAUGCCUGGAAUUUGUUCCGGACGUUUUUCUUGCCCUUUUUGUUGCAGUGAUUGUUUAGGAGGCUAGGUAGUGAAAUCGUAGUUAGGAAAGCAGGCAUUUUUUUUUUUUCAUUUAAUUAUUUUUUAAACUAGACCAUGGGGUAAUAUAAGAUAUUAAAGAUGCUAUGAAAUCAGUUAGUGUUCAUAUUUAAUUGAGUGGCAAGCAUGCCAAUGUUGAUUGUGUA